AUGGCUACCCCUCAUGAACCGAAAAUCGAGACACUCGAAAAGAUCAUAGGCCAUACCUUCUCCCUAAAACAUUUGAUACGUCUGGCUCGCACCUCAGCAGGUGCUAAUCCGGACAACUACGAUGGGAAUAGGAAACUAUCUCAACUGGGUGCCUCUCUGGUUGACUCUGUUCUGGCUAUCAUAGUAUUCUUCAUAGGUGGCACUAGAGAGUGUACGGCAAAUUUGAGAAAGGCUUUUCUGAACAAAGGCAAAUACUAUGCUGCCGCGAAGCGGACUGGUAUCGACAACUGCAUAGACUACGAUAAGCGCACCGGGCCAGAUUCGCCGGAGGUUCUUCGCAAAGCGAUAAAUGCCAUUAUAGCAGCCGUGUUUCUUGAUACCUGGAACAUCAAGUCAACAGUAGUUGUCAUUCUAAGGAUUUUUUUCCAGGCGAGCGGCGACAGAAUGUUUCAGGAACUCCCUUCUGUCUCACCUGCUACUGUGGAAGCUCUCGUAUCUAUUUCGAAGAUGAUACUAGCUCUCAACGCUGGGGUGAUUAACCCUUCGGUGCUAAUUAUCGAGCGGUCCGCUACGACUCUUGAGGUCUCCCCAAUGAUACACAGGUUCCUGGAACAAGGCAGCAAAGAUCCGCCUCUCUCAUCAAACGCGGAGCGCAUUGUGACGGAGAAGGAGUCAGUCACAGAGAACCUAUCUCAAUUUCUCCGAGAGGAAAUAUGGUCAUCGGACGGAGACCUGAGCCGCAAUGGAACUGAAACUGAAGCCGAGCAUGACUCGAUGGCGAGGAUUUCGAAUGGACCGAAUGCUCCGUCAAUACCAAAGGGGGGUCAGGUGGCACGCCGCCCGAGAGAACCCCACAAUGACAGUGAAAUAUCCGUGGUAACACCUGCGUCGAAGAGAAGGCGCAGGGCUGCAAGCACUAAUGUCUCCAUCUUGCAUGGUGAGGCUGCCCGGCAGAUUCUCUUACAAGAGAGACAGCACUGUGCCGCUCAGAAUAUGUCUCCGCCCGAAUAUAGCUGUUUCUCCCCUGCUAUAAUGACAAAGGCCCUCCGGCUUGAGAAGGGCUCGCUCGGGAACCUUAUCAUCCUUUUGAUAACAAUUGCUAGUCCUCAAUCGAUAGUGGCUCUGCGCGAGAUGAUGUGCUGUGCGAGAGCUCAGAAGACGGUUGAUUCGCAUCGCCUGGCCGUGAACGUCACGAAGAGGCGAAGAUAUGAGAUGAUUAAAGAGCUCAACCAGAAAAAUGCACUUCUUCGACUGCUCCGUUGGUAUCACCUUCUCGAACUAUUCGAGCAAUGUGGUGGUUCUCGGACCCGUUACAGCAUGGGAUAUCGCAAGCGAUGA